UAGCAAAUUGCGGACGUAAUCAAAUUUUCUCUUGCAAAUUUAAUUUCAAAUUAGUAAUUACAAACUUAGUGAUUGUAUAUUCCAGCGAAUAAAUCAUGGGAGAUUCGCUGGAGAACGCUGAUACAUCUGUGGAGGCGGUAGCAAAUGUAACCAUAGUCGAUUAUGGAGCAUUUGCUAAUUAUAUACGUAAAGCGGUCACCAUCCUACUUCCUGAAGAAGAUGUUGUACCACCUGCAUUAAACUAUGCUCUGGAGAAUCCAGAUAACCAGGAACGUAUAAAGAAGUUUCUUUCGGAUCCUCAAAUACAAGCACUGUACAUCCAAAGGAACUGUUUGAAAGAAGAUGAAAACGAACAGCCAGCUGAGGGAGAGGAAGAGAAGGAGUUCGUCACCUAUCAGAUAAGUAACGAUGUUCACUUCACCAACAGUCGCAUGGCAUCAUUGGCUUGUAUCAAACGGGGAGCUGUAAUUGAGGCAGACAAAUCAAUACACUCUCAGUUGCGUUUGAUAAACUUUUCCGAUGGCUCACCUUACGAAACGUUGCAUGCAUUCAUUUCCAAAUCUUUGGCACCGUACUUCAAGUCAUAUGUCAAGGAGUCAGGACGUGCUGAUCGUGACGGUGAUAAAAUGGCUCCAUCUGUUGAAAAGAAAUUGGCUGAAUUAGAGAUGGGACUCUUGCAUCUUCAGCAAAACAUAGAUAUACCGGAAAUUACACUAACGGCACAUACAUCUGUUAAUUCGGUAAUACGUAAAUGUGCCGAUGAAAAUCGUAAAGCAAAAGUGGCAGAUUUUGGUGAUAAAGUGGAGGAUUCAUCCUUUCUUAAUCAACUGCAGAAUGGUGUUAAUCGUUGGAUUAAAGAAAUCAAGAAAGUGACCAUGUUGGAUCGUGAUCCUUCGUCAGGCACUGCUCUGCAGGAAAUCUCAUUUUGGUUGAACUUGGAGCGUGCUCUGUAUCGCAUACAGGAAAAGCGUGAAUCACCGGAAGUUGCUCUCACACUGGACAUACUCAAACAUGGCAAACGUUUCCAUGCCACCGUGUCAUUUGAUACCGACACUGGUCUCAAACAGGCCUUGGCUAUGGUUGCCGACUACAAUCCCCUCAUGAAGGACUUUCCAAUCAAUGACUUACUAUCUGCUACCGAACUGGAAAAGAUACGCCCAGCGGUGCAGCAAAUAUUUUCGCAUUUGCGAAAAGUACGUAAUACAAAGUAUCCAAUACCGCGUUGUCUCAAAUUGAUUGAGGCCAUUUCACGUGAUCUCUCACAACAAUUGCUGAAAGUAUUGGGUACGCGUCGUCUCAUGCACAUUCCAUUUGAUGAAUUCGAACGUGUAAUGAAUCAAUGCUUCGAGAUAUUCAGCUGCUGGGAUGACGAGUAUGAUAAACUGCAAGGUUUACUGCGUGACAUAGCCAAGAAGAAGCGUGACGAACAUCUAAAGAUGGCAUGGCGCGUAUCGCCGGCACACAAGAAGCUGCAGACACGCAUGGAGCAUAUGCGCAAAUUCCGACGUCAGCAUGAACAGUUGCGCACCGUAAUAUUACGUGUCUUACGUCCCACGAAGCAAGCGCAAAAUAACGAUGCCAAUGCAGCGGAAACCAAACAACCGUACAGUUUGGAGGCGGCCGAUGCCAAUGCCAUCGAGGAGGUGAACUUAGCUUAUGAGAAUGUGAAGGAGGUGGACUGCUUGGAUAUAACCAAGGAGGGCUCAGAAGCUUGGGAGGCAGCUGUCAAACGUUAUGAAGAGAAAAUUGACCGUGUUGAAGCACGUAUCACUGCACAUUUGCGCGAUCAGCUAGGCACCGCUAAGAAUGCCAAUGAAAUGUUUCGCAUUUUCUCGCGCUUCAAUGCGCUCUUCGUGCGUCCGCAUAUACGCGGCGCCAUACGUGAGUAUCAGACACAACUUAUACAACGCGUCAAGGAUGAUAUUGAUGCACUGCAUGAGAAAUUCAAGGUGCAAUAUCCACAAAGCAAAAGUUAUCGCCUCUCGACGGUGCGUGACUUGCCGCCCGUAGCUGGUUCCAUCAUUUGGGCGCGUCAGAUCGACAAUCAAUUGACCAUGUAUUUGAAGCGCGUUGAAGAUGUGCUGGGUAAAGGCUGGGAAACUCAUUUGGAGGGGCAGAAGCUUAAAGCGGACGGUGACAGUUUCCGCAACAAGCUCUCUAUAUCUGAAGUGUUCCAGGAGUGGGCACGCAAAGUGCAGGAGCGUAAUUUUGGCAAUUCCGGACGCAUCUUCACCAUCGAAUCGACACGUUCGCGCACCGGUCGCAGCAACGUGUUGAAAUUGCGCGUAAACUUUUUGCCCGAAAUUAUCACACUCUCCAAGGAAGUGCGUAACAUCAAGAAUCUGGGCUUCAGGGUACCACUUACCAUUGUCAACAAGGCACACCAGGCCAAUCAAAUUUACCCGUAUGCAAUUUCAUUGAUUGAGAGCGUGCGCACUUACGAACGCACCUUGGAAAAGCUAAAUAAUAGGAGUUUAGCACAAAAUUCAGUAUUCAAGAUUGAAGAUCGCGCGAGUAUUGUGCCACUCGUGGCUGGCUUACGUAAGGAAGUGCUGAAUUUGAUUUCUGAAGGCAUUGGUUUGGUUUGGGAGUCGUACAAACUCGAUCCCUACGUUUUGCGUCUCUCCGAAUGUGUCACACAGUUCCAGGAGAAGGUCGAAGAUUUGCUUGUUGUCGAAGAACAAUUGGAUGUUGAUGUGCGUUCAUUGGAGACUUGCCCUUACAGUGCAGCUACUUUCACUGAAAUCUUAUCGAAAAUCCAACAUGCCGUCGAUGCUUUGUCACUGAAACAAUACUCCAACUUGAAUGUGUGGGUCACACGCCUGGAUGAAGAAGUUGAAAAGAAAUUGGCUAUGCGUCUGCAGGCCGGCAUACAAGCUUGGACCGAGGCAUUGACUGGUAGCAAGAAAGAACGCGAUCUUUCCAUGGACACCGAUGCCCCUGCACAGCCGACGCACAAGCUGGGCGGAGAGCCACAGAUUCAAAAUGCUAUACACGAGAUACGCAUCACCAAUCAGCAAAUGUAUUUGUAUCCCUCCAUCGAGGAGGCACGUUUCCAAAUCAUGCAACAAUUGUUCGCAUGGCAGGCGAUUGUCACCUCGCAGGUGCGCCUGCAGAGCACCCGUUAUCAAGUCGGUUUGGACAAGCAUGCGCCACCCACUUAUCGCAACUUGUUGACAAAAUUGCCGGAAGCCUUGAUUUUGGAGAAUGCUUAUGGCGCCAUUGAGAAUAAAAUCAGCGAAGUGCGUAAUUAUGUCGAGGAAUGGUUGCGUUAUCAGAGUUUGUGGGACUUGCAGGCGGACACCUUGUAUGGGCGUUUGGGUGAAGAUGUCAACUUGUGGAUUAAAUGCUUGAAUGACAUCAAGAAAUCACGUACCACAUUCGAUACAUCCGAUACGCGUCGUGCCUAUGGUCCGAUUGUUAUUGACUAUGCUAAAGUGCAAGCCAAGGUCACCUUGAAGUAUGACUCUUGGCAUAAGGAGGCAUUGGGCAAGUUUGGCACCUUGCUAGGCAACGAAAUGACUACAUUCCACUCGAAGGUGUCCAAGUCGCGUACCGAUUUGGAGAUGCAAAGCAUUGAGGCGGCCAGCACUUCGGAUGCCGUUAGCUUCAUCACUUACGUACAAUCACUGAAGAAGGACAUGAUUUCUUGGGACAAACAAGUGGAGGUGUUCCGUGAGGCGCAACGCAUACUUGAGCGUCAACGCUUCCAAUUCCCCAACAACUGGUUGCAUGUGGACAACAUCGAAGGUGAAUGGUCGGCAUUCAAUGAGAUCAUUAAGCGCAAAGACACAGCCAUACAAACACAAGUGGCCAGUUUGCAAGCUAAAAUUGUGGCCGAGGAUAAGGCUGUGGAAACACGCACGCUUGAUUUCUUGAACGACUGGGAGAAGAACAAACCCACUGGCGGCAAGAUAAGACCCGACGAUGCACUGCAACAUUUGCAAUUGUUCGAAACGAAAUACUCACGUUUGAAGGAGGAGCGCGAUAAUGUGGCCAAGGCCAAGGAGGCGCUGGAAUUGCAGGAAUCUGCUAUACCCAAUAACAGCUCGGAGCGUAUGAAUGUCGCCUUAGAGGAGUUGCAAGACUUGCGUGGUGUCUGGAGUGAGCUUUCUAAAGUUUGGACACAAAUCGAUGAGACCAGAGAGAAACCAUGGUUAUCGGUGCAACCACGCAAAUUGCGUCAACAACUCGAGGCAAUGAUGACUCAACUGAAGGAGUUGCCCGCACGCUUGCGCAUGUAUGAGUCAUAUGAAUAUGUGAAGAAACUCAUACAGAGUUACAUUAAGGUGAAUAUGCUGAUCGUUGAGCUUAAGUCGGAUGCUCUCAAGGAGCGUCACUGGAAACAACUGACCAAACAGUUACGUGUUAAUUGGGUCAUCUCCGAUUUGUCGCUCGGUCAAGUGUGGGAUGUGAAUUUGCAGAAGAACGAAAAUAUCGUCAAGGACAUCAUACUGGUGGCACAGGGUGAAAUGGCAUUAGAGGAAUUCUUGAAGCAAGUGCGCGAAUCGUGGCAGAGCUAUGAACUAGAUCUGAUUAACUAUCAGAAUAAAUGUCGCAUCAUACGUGGUUGGGAUGAUCUAUUUAACAAAGUCAAGGAACACAUUAAUUCGGUUGCCGCUAUGAAACUCUCACCCUACUAUAAAGUUUUCGAGGAAGAAGCCUUGACAUGGGAAGAGAAACUGAAUCGCAUAAAUGCCCUGUUCGAUGUAUGGAUUGAUGUGCAACGUCGUUGGGUCUACUUGGAGGGCAUUUUCUCUGGUAGCGCAGAUAUCAAAACAUUGCUGCCGGUGGAAACUUCACGUUUCCAAAGCAUCAGCUCCGAGUUUUUAGGUCUCAUGAAAAAAGUGACCAAGUCACCGAAAGUUAUGGACGUAUUGAAUAUACCGGCCGUACAACGUUCGCUGGAACGUCUUGCUGAUCUGUUGGGUAAAAUACAAAAGGCAUUGGGCGAGUAUUUGGAGCGUGAGCGUACCUCCUUCCCACGUUUCUACUUCGUGGGCGAUGAAGAUCUUUUGGAGAUUAUUGGUAAUAGCAAGAAUAUUGCACGUUUACAGAAGCACUUCAAGAAAAUGUUUGCCGGUGUUGCUGCUAUUUUGUUGAACGAGGAUAAUACCGUUAUUUUGGGUAUUUCGUCACGUGAAGGUGAAGAAGUUAAAUUCAUGAAUCCCGUAUCCACGGUUGAACAUCCCAAAAUCAAUGAAUGGCUCUCACUCGUCGAGAAGCAAAUGCGUUUUACUUUGGCUUCACUUCUGGCACAAGCCGUACAGGACAUCAAACAGUUCCGUGAUGGUAAAAUUGAUCAGCAGAAGUACAUGGAAUGGUGUGACAAAUAUCAGGCACAGAUUGUCGUGCUUGCUGCGCAAAUUCUGUGGUCGGAGGAUGUGGAAGCGGCCUUGCAACAAGCCUCGGAGAGCAAUAACUCCAAGCCAAUGCAGCGCGUGUUGGCCACUGUCGAGUCUACACUGAACGUGCUCGCCGAUUCCGUUUUGCAAGAGCAGCCACCACUGCGCAGACGCAAAUUGGAGCAUUUGAUUAAUGAGUUCGUUCACAAGCGUACCGUUACACGCCGCUUGAUUGCCAAUGGCGUCACAAGCCCUAAAUCCUUCCAAUGGCUUUGCGAAAUGCGUUUCUACUUCGAUCCACGUCAAACCGAGGUGCUGCAACAGCUGACCAUUCACAUGGCUAAUGCCCGUUUCUACUAUGGUUUCGAAUAUUUAGGUGUACAGGAUCGUCUUGUGCAGACACCACUUACGGAUCGCUGUUACUUGACCAUGACACAAGCGUUGGAAUCGCGUUUGGGCGGUUCGCCCUUCGGUCCAGCUGGUACCGGUAAAACUGAGUCUGUCAAAGCUCUUGGCAAUCAGCUUGGUCGCUUUGUAUUGGUCUUCAAUUGUGACGAGACUUUCGAUUUCCAAGCUAUGGGUCGUAUUUUUGUUGGUCUGUGUCAGGUUGGCGCUUGGGGUUGCUUUGAUGAGUUCAAUCGUUUGGAGGAGCGCAUGUUGUCGGCUUGUUCACAACAGAUACAGACCAUACAAGAGGCACUCAAAUACGAGAUGGACACGAAUAAGGAGAGUAUUACUGUUGAAUUGGUUGGCAAGCAAGUGCGCGUCUCGCCUGAUAUGGCUAUAUUCAUUACCAUGAAUCCAGGUUAUGCUGGUCGCUCCAAUUUGCCCGAUAAUUUGAAGAAACUCUUCCGUUCUUUGGCUAUGACGACUCCCGAUCGUCAACUCAUUGCUGAGGUCAUGCUGUUCUCACAAGGUUUUCGUUCUGCCGAAAAGUUAGCUUGCAAGAUUGUGCCAUUCUUCAAGCUUUGCGACGAACAGCUGUCCAAUCAAAGUCAUUAUGACUUCGGUUUGCGUGCGCUCAAGUCGGUGUUGAUCUCGGCUGGUAAUGUGAAACGUGAUCGCAUUAUGAAGAUUAAGGAAACAAUGCGUCAACGCGGUGAGGAGAAUAUUGACGAGGCUUCAGUGGCUGAAAAUUUGCCAGAGCAAGAGAUCCUCAUACAAUCGGUUUGUGAGACCAUGGUGCCCAAACUUGUGGCCGAAGAUAUACCAUUGCUCUUCUCUUUGUUGAGCGACGUUUUCCCCAAUGUUGGCUAUACACGGGCCGAAAUGAAGGGACUAAAGGAGGAGAUACGCAAAGUUUGUCAAGAAGACUAUUUGGUUUGUGGCGAAGGUGAUGAACAGGGUGCUGCCUGGAUGGAGAAGAAUGCGCAAGGAUUCGGUGAGACGUGGGUGGAAAAAGUGCUGCAAUUGUAUCAAAUCUCCAAUCUGAAUCACGGUUUGAUGAUGGUCGGUCCAUCCGGUUCUGGCAAAUCGACCGCCUGGCGUACUUUGCUCAAAGCUUUGGAGCGUUUCGAGGGUACUGAAGGUGUUGCGCAUGUCAUCGAUCCCAAAGCCAUUUCCAAGGAGGCGCUCUAUGGUGUUAUGGAUCAGAAUACGCGCGAGUGGACCGACGGUCUCUUCACCCAUGUGCUGCGUAAAAUCAUCGAUAAUGUGCGUGGGGAAAUCAACAAGCGUCAAUGGAUUAUCUUCGAUGGUGAUGUCGAUCCCGAAUGGGUUGAGAAUUUGAAUUCCGUUUUGGAUGACAACAAAUUGCUCACCUUGCCGAACGGAGAACGUCUAUCGCUGCCGCCCAAUGUGCGCAUAAUGUUCGAAGUGCAGGAUCUGAAGUUCGCUACACUUGCCACCGUCUCACGUUGUGGCAUGGUUUGGUUCUCUGAGGAUGUACUCUCCACUGAAAUGAUAUUUGAGAACUAUCUGUCGCGAUUGCGCAGCAUUCCACUUGAGGAUGGCGAUGAAGAUUUUGUUGGUGUUGUUAAGCCAGCUACUAAUAAAGAUAAAGAAGAAGAGGUUUCGCCAUCACUGCAGGUGCAACGUGAUAUUGCUUUGUUGUUGCAACCAUACUUCUCGGCUGAUGGCAUUGUGGUGCGCAGUUUGGAGUAUGCCAUGGAGCAAGAGCAUAUUAUGGACUUCACGCGCUUACGUGCACUCAGUUCGCUAUUUUCGAUGCUUAAUCAAGCUGCAAGAAAUGUGCUCAACUUCAAUUCACAACAUCCCGAUUUCCCAUGUUCUGCCGACCAACUGGAGCAGUAUAUACCGAAAGCACUGGUUUACUCCGUACUCUGGUCCUUCGCUGGCGAUGCUAAACUUAAAGUACGCACUGAUCUGGGUGACUUUGUGCGCAGUGUUACCACCAUACCGCUGCCGGGCGCUGCUGGCGCACCUAUUAUCGACUACGAAGUUAGCAUGAAUGGCGAAUGGGUGCCAUGGUCGAACAAGGUGCCGGUUAUUGAGGUUGAAACACACAAAGUGGCCUCACCUGAUAUUGUUGUGCCCACAUUGGAUACUGUGCGUCACGAGUCGCUCUUAUACACUUGGCUGGCCGAGCAUAAGCCAUUGGUAUUAUGCGGUCCACCUGGUUCUGGUAAAACGAUGACAUUGUUCUCAGCACUACGUGCUUUACCCGAUAUGGAAGUGGUUGGCUUGAAUUUCUCCUCAGCUACCACACCCGAGCUUUUGCUCAAAACUUUCGACCACUAUUGCGAGUAUCGAAAGACACCUAACGGUGUUGUGCUUUCGCCAGUGCAGAUUGGCAAAUGGCUCGUGCUAUUCUGCGAUGAAAUCAAUUUACCGGACAUGGACACUUACGGCACACAGCGUGUAAUAUCAUUUUUGCGUCAGCUGGUCGAACACAAGGGCUUCUAUCGCGCCAGUGACCAAGCUUGGGUUUCGCUAGAACGCAUACAAUUCGUGGGCGCUUGUAAUCCACCGACAGAUCCGGGUCGUAAACCACUUUCACACCGUUUCCUACGUCACGUGCCAAUCAUUUAUGUAGACUAUCCGGGUGAGACUUCGCUCAAACAAAUCUACGGCACCUUCUCGCGCGCAAUGUUGCGCAUGAUGCCGUCAUUGCGCGGCUACGCUGAACCGCUGACCAAUGCUAUGGUCGAAUUUUAUUUGGCAUCACAAGAUCGCUUCACACAAGACAUGCAACCGCACUAUGUGUAUUCGCCGCGUGAGAUGACACGUUGGGUACGUGGUAUUUGCGAGGCCAUACGUCCGCUUGAUUCGUUACCAGUGGAGGGUUUGGUGCGUUUGUGGGCGCAUGAGGCCCUACGUUUGUUCCAAGACAGGCUGGUUGAGGAAUCAGAACGUCGCUGGACUAAUGAGAAUAUCGAUAUUGUGGCACUGAAACACUUCCCUGGUAUCAAUCAAGAGGAGGCAUUGACACGCCCCAUUCUCUACAGUAAUUGGUUGUCUAAAGACUAUAUGCCCGUUAAUCGCGAAGAAUUGCGUGACUAUGUGCGCGCACGUCUCAAGGUAUUCUAUGAGGAGGAGCUCGACGUACCGCUUGUGCUGUUCGAUGAAGUUUUAGAACACGUCUUGCGCAUCGAUCGUAUAUUCCGUCAGCCGCAAGGCCAUUUACUGCUGAUUGGUGUGUCUGGCGCUGGCAAAACGACACUUUCACGUUUCGUCGCUUGGAUGAAUGGUCUCUCGAUAUUCCAAAUUAAAGUACACAACAAAUACACUGGUGAAGAUUUCGAUGAAGAUCUACGUUGUGUGCUGAGACGUUCCGGUUGCAAGGAUGAAAAGAUCGCUUUCAUUUUGGACGAGUCGAAUGUUUUGGAUUCCGGCUUCUUGGAACGCAUGAAUACGCUGUUGGCUAACGGCGAAGUGCCCGGUCUGUUUGAGGGCGAUGAGUACACCACACUGAUGACACAAUGUAAGGAGGGCGCGCAACGUGAGGGCUUGAUGUUAGACUCAAGUGAUGAGUUGUAUAAAUGGUUCACUCAGCAAGUUAUGCGCAACUUGCACGUGGUCUUUACCAUGAACCCGUCAACAGACGGUCUUAAAGAUCGUGCGGCCACCUCACCCGCGCUCUUCAAUCGUUGCGUGCUUAACUGGUUCGGCGACUGGUCGGAUUCGGCACUAUUCCAGGUGGGCAAGGAGUUCACCACACGCGUCGAUUUGGAAAAACAAAAUUGGACCGCACCCGAUUUCUUCCCAUCAGUGUGCCCCUUGGUGCCGGCACAACCAACACAUCGCGAUGCGGUCAUCAACAGUUGUGUGUAUGUACACCAAACGCUGCAUCAAGCCAACGCACGACUCGCCAAGCGCGGCGGUCGCACCAUGGCGGUCACACCACGUCACUAUUUGGACUUUAUACAUCACUUCGUCAAGUUGUACAAUGAGAAGCGUAGCGACUUGGAAGAGCAGCAAUUGCAUUUGAAUGUCGGUCUCAAUAAAAUCGCGGAAACUGUCGAGCAGGUGGAGGAGAUGCAGAAAUCAUUGGCCGUUAAGAAGCAAGAGCUGCAGGCCAAGAAUGAGGCAGCCAAUGCUAAGCUCAAGCAGAUGUUCAAGGAUCAGCAAGAAGCCGAGAAGAAGAAGAUACAGUCGCAGGAGAUACAAAUACGCUUGGCCGAUCAGACGGUGAAAAUCGAAGAGAAACGUAAAUAUGUCAUGGCCGACUUGGCACAAGUGGAACCGGCUGUAAUUGAGGCGCAACAAGCUGUAAGCGCCAUUAAAAAGAAACACUUGGCUGAGGUGCGUUCCAUGGCCAAUCCACCGGCUGUUGUUAAGUUAGCAUUGGAAUCAGUCUGCGAGCUGCUCAGCGAGACUGCCACCGAUUGGAAAGCGAUACGUGGCAUACUUGUCAAAGAUAGUUUUAUACCGUCCAUUGUUAAUUUGAGAACAGAGAAUAUCACCGAUGAGGUGCGCGAAAAGAUGAAGAACAAAUAUCUCAGCAAUCCGGAUUAUAACUUUGAGAAGGUCAACCGCGCCAGUAUGGCUUGUGGCCCUAUGGUGAAAUGGGCCAUUGCACAGAUUGAAUACGCCGACAUGUUGAAGCGUGUCGAACCACUGCGUGAGGAAUUGCGUUCGCUCGAAGAGCAAGCCGAUGUGAAUCUGCAAAGCGCCAACGAAACCAAGGAGCUCGUUGAACAGCUCGAGCGCAGUAUUGCCGCCUACAAGGAGGAGUAUGCACAGCUCAUUUCACAGGCGCAGGCCAUCAAGACAGACUUGGAGAAUGUGCAAGCCAAAGUUGACCGUUCGAUUGCUUUGCUGAAGAGCUUGAACAUCGAACGCGAGCGUUGGGAGUGCACCAGCGAGACAUUCAAAUCGCAAAUGUCCACUAUUAUUGGCGACGUCUUGUUAUCGGCGGCAUUUAUUGCUUACGGUGGCUACUUUGAUCAGCACUAUCGUUUGAAUCUCUUCACCACUUGGUCGCAGCAUCUACAGUCGGCCAAUAUACAAUAUCGUGCUGACAUGGCGCGUACCGAGUAUUUGUCGAAUCCCGACGAACGUUUGCGUUGGCAAGCGAACGCGCUACCGACCGAUGAUCUCUGCACUGAGAACGCCAUUAUGCUUAAGCGUUUCAACCGCUAUCCACUUAUUAUCGAUCCCUCAGGACAGGCCACCACGUUCUUGCUCAAUGAGUAUGCUGGAAAGAAAAUUACGAAAACUUCAUUCUUGGACGAUUCAUUCCGCAAAAACUUGGAGUCGGCAUUGCGUUUCGGCAACCCAUUGCUUGUGCAAGAUGUUGAGAAUUACGAUCCGAUAUUGAAUCCUGUGCUCAAUCGUGAAUUACGUCGCACUGGCGGUCGUGUGUUGAUCACACUCGGCGAUCAGGAUAUCGAUUUGUCGCCUUCAUUUGUUAUUUUCUUGUCCACACGUGACCCAACUGUGGAAUUCCCACCGGACAUUUGCUCACGUGUCACUUUUGUGAACUUCACUGUAACACGCAGCUCUUUGCAGUCGCAGUGUUUGAAUCAAGUAUUGAAAGCUGAGCGCCCAGAUAUUGAUGAGAAGCGUUCGGAUCUGUUGAAAUUGCAAGGCGAAUUCCGUUUGCGUUUGCGUCAGCUGGAGAAGAGUCUGUUGCAGGCUUUGAACGAUGCAAAGGGUAAGAUUCUUGAUGAUGACUCCGUGAUUACUACGCUGGAAACAUUGAAGAAGGAAGCGUACGACAUCAAUCAAAAGGUGGACGAGACGGAUAAGGUUAUUGCAGAAAUUGAGACUGUCUCGCAACAGUAUUUGCCGUUGUCGGUGGCUUGCAGUAAUAUUUAUUUCACCAUGGACAGCUUGAACCAGGUGCACUUCCUCUAUCAAUAUUCGCUGAAAAUGUUCUUGGACAUUUUCUCCACUGUCUUGUACAACAACACGAAGUUGGAUGGCAAGAGCGAGUACUCGGAGCGUUUGGGCAUCGUCACGAAGGACCUCUUCCAGGUCUGCUAUGAGCGUGUGGCACGUGGCAUGUUGCACAAUGAUCGUCUGACAUUCGCUUUGCUGAUGUGCAAGAUACACCUCAAGGGCACUUCAGAACAAAAUUUGGAUUCAGAAUUCAACUUCUUCUUACGCAGUCGUGAGGGUCUGUUGGCCAAUUCGACACCGGUCGAAGGACUAACUGCCGAGCAAAUAGAAAGCGUUAACCGUUUGCAAACACGUUUGCCCAUUUUCCGCAAGUUGAUUGAAAAACUAAAAUCGAUGCCCGAGCUGGGCGCAUGGUUGCAACAAAGUUCUCCGGAGCAAUGUGUGCCACAAUUGUGGGAUGAGUCAAAGGCACUCUCACCCAUCGUUAGCUCUAUACAUCAAUUGCUGUUGAUACAAGCCUUCCGACCGGAUCGUGUCAUUGCCGCCGCACAUAAGGUGGUAGAUGCUGUGCUCGGAGUAGAUUUCAUGCCGAACGCCGAGAAGGAAUUGGACUUGGCCGCUGUUGUGGAGAAGCAGUUGAACUGCAACACACCCGCAUUGCUGUGCUCAGUGCCCGGUUUUGAUGCCUCCGGACGUGUGGACGACUUGGCUGCCGAGCUCAAUAAACAGAUCUCGAGUAUUGCCAUUGGUUCGGCGGAGGGCUUCAAUCAGGCUGAGCGCGCCAUCAACAUGGCCUGCAAGAGCGGUCGCUGGGUGCUGCUGAAGAACGUACACUUGGCACCACAAUGGUUGGUGCAGUUGGAGAAGAAAUUACAUUCGCUGCAGCCACAUUCGGGCUUCAGGCUAUUCCUCACCAUGGAGAUCAAUCCCAAGGUGCCGGUCAACUUGUUGCGCGCCGGCCGCAUUUUCGUUUUCGAACCGCCGCCAGGCAUACGCGCCAACUUGUUGCGCACAUUCUCGACGGUGCCGGUGGCACGCAUGAUGAAAACGCCCAGCGAACGUGCACGUCUCUAUUUCUUGCUGGCCUGGUUCCAUGCCAUCGUGCAAGAGCGUCUACGCUACGUACCGCUUGGCUGGGCCAAGAAGUACGAGUUCAAUGAGUCGGAUUUGCGCGUCGCGUGCGACACGCUGGACACCUGGAUCGACACGACCGCAAUGGGUCGCACCAAUUUGCCGCCGGAGAAGGUGCCAUGGGACGCGUUGGUCACACUGUUGUCACAAUCCAUCUACGGCGGUAAAAUUGACAACGAUUUCGAUCAGCGUUUGCUGACCUCAUUCCUGAAGAAACUGUUUACGGCACGCAGCUUCGAAAGCGAUUUCGCGCUUGUGGCCAAUGUUGAUGGCGGUGCCGGCGGUCAGCGACACAUCACUAUGCCCGACGGUACACGUCGUGAUCACUUCUUGAAGUGGAUCGAGAAUUUGUCCGACCGCCAGACGCCUUCCUGGCUCGGUUUGCCCAACAAUGCGGAGAAGGUGUUGUUAACCACACGCGGCACAGACUUGGUGAGCAAGCUCCUGAAGAUGCAACAGCUAGAGGAUGACGACGAAUUGGCUUACAGUGUGGAGGAGCAUGCCGAGGCCGCUACUGCAAAUGCUACGCGUCAAGAAGAUGGCCGUCCCUCAUGGAUGAAGACAUUGCACAAUUCGGCAACAGCAUGGUUAGAACUUUUGCCCAAAAACUUGCCCGUGCUCAAGCGCACCGUGGAGAAUAUCAAAGAUCCAUUGUAUCGUUACUUCGAACGUGAAGUCACUUCGGGCGCUAAAUUGUUGACAACCGUCAUUUCCGAUCUACAGGAUGUAGUGCUGAUUUGCCAAGGUGAAAAGAAGCAAACCAAUCACCAUCGCUCGAUGUUGUCAGAGUUAGUACGUGGCAUCAUACCGAAGGGUUGGAAGCGCUACACCGUGCCAGUCGGCUGCACCGUUAUCCAAUGGAUCACUGAUUUCAGCAAUCGCGUGCAGCAGUUGCAGAAGGUGUCGAAGUUGGUAUCGCAAGCAGGCGCCAAAGAGUUACAGACAUUCCCCGUUUGGUUGGGCGGCUUAUUGAAUCCCGAAGCUUACAUCACAGCGACGCGCCAAUGUGUUGCUCAGGCAAACAGUUGGUCGCUGGAGGAAUUGGCUCUGGAGGUGACCAUUACCGAGUCGAGUGCAAAUCCCGAUCAAAAGGAUAGUAGUUUCGGCGUAACUGGCUUGAAGUUGCAAGGCGCACAAUGCAAGAAUAACGAGCUACUCUUGGCUUCGACAAUUAUGAUGGACUUACCACUCACCGUACUCAAAUGGGUGAAGGCUUCCACUGAGACGCGUGUUAGCAAGCUCACCUUGCCGGUUUAUUUGAACUCUACGCGCACGGAGCUUUUGUUCACCGUUGAUUUGGCUGUCGCUGCCGGUCAGGACCCACAUAGCUUCUACGAGCGUGGUGUUGCUGUGCUUACUUCCACCGCUUUGAACUAAAUUGGGCGGGUGAAGAAGUAUAUAUUUAUCCAAUUAUCUAAUAAAUUAAAAUAUUCAAUAUUAUCAUAAAUAGCCAACUAAAUUUGCUUGCUAUAUCAUAUAUGUAUAUGUAUGUACACACUUACAAAGUGUUUUUGGCUUCAAUAUAACAGUGUUAAUCAAUGGCAUUCAAUAUUACAAAUAUUCAAUACCCAAACGUUAAAUAAAAUUUAAUCAACAUGCAUUCAAAAUA